AUGGCAGGGAAUAUCGAGCUGUCAGUUAUAAGAACAGAAGGAAUAACUGAAGAAUUAUCUUCAGUUGGGUGUUAUAUUACAGUUGAUGACAGGCUAGUGGAUGUGAUCACUCCUCUUAAUUCUCAUUCAAAAGAAACCUCAAUUUUGCCAAUGAAAGGAGAUUUGCGAUUAAUUAUCAAAGGGAUGGGAAAUAGCGAUGAAGUCGUAGGAAGCGUUUUUUUACCAAUUCAAAUAUUGCCUACAGAAGGGCUACAAUGGCUGCCGCUUAAUUCGAAACUUUCUGAAGAAUCACUUUUGCAAGUCCCAGAUGAAGUUUUGCCACCAAAAAUUUUGUUAUCAAUAAAAUCAUUUGCGGUUUCAAAUGAAGCUAGAGAAGAAAAAUCAUACCAAAAUGUGUUUAUUGAGAAGUUUAGAAGCUUGCAAGGUAAAUUGGUUGACUUAUUCGCCUUAAGACCGAGUUGAACGAUUGGAAAAAUAAUUAUUUUUACUCCCCCCCCCCCCCUCCGUGAGCGAACAAAACCAUUAGAAAAAUCGCCAUUUUUUGACCAAAAACCCACCCUCCGUGAGUGAACAAAAAUUUUUUUAAAUAGAAAAAAUUUUAAUGGAAAAAAAUUUUGAUAUAUAAGUGAUAAUUAGUAUAAUGAAAUCUAGAGCUAAUUCUGUUUAAUUUUAAACAAAUUGCGUUUUAAAACAUAAAUUUUGCAAAUUAAAUUAAUAUUUGCUUCCCAAUUUUUGCAAAUUAGGAUUUUUUUAAAUUUCGAAAAAAAUAUUUUUUAUAAAAUUUAUAUAAAUUUUUUUUAAAAAAAAAAAAUUAACCCCCCUCCGUGAGCGAACAAAAUUUUUUUGUUCGCUCACGGAGGGGGGGGGGGAGUUAGGAAAAAUUAAUAACCCCUUUUGGAUGAAAUAUUUAUAUAUAUCAAUAAUUACUUACUCCCCCCCCCUCCGUGAGUGAACAAAACCAUUAGAAAAAUCGCCAUUUUUUGCCCAAAAACCCCACCCUCCGUGAGUGAACAAAAAUUUUUUAUGGAAAAAAAAUUGAUAUAUAAAUGAUAAUUAUUAUAAUGAAAUCUAGAGCUAAUUCUGUUUAAUUUUAAACAAAUUGCUUUUUAAAACAUAAAUUUUAUAAAUUAAAUUAAUAUUUGCUUUCCGAUUUUUGCGAAUUAGGAUUUUUUAAAUUUCGAAAAAAUAUAUUUUUUAUAAAAAUUUAUAUAGAAAUUUUUUAAAAAAAAAAAAUUAUCCUCCUCCGUGAGUGAACAAAAUUUUUUUGUUCACUCACGGAGGGGGGGGAGUUUUACUGAAAAAAAAUUCUAAAAAUUUCAAACAUAAAUUUUAUAUUUUUCUUUUCAAAAAAUUAAAUUUUAACAUUAGCUCUUCUUAAAAAAAUAGCAUUUUGCUUUAGAAAGAGCAAUAAAAUUGCUAAUGGAGAGCUAGAGAAAAAGCUGGAUGAUGAGAACUGAAACUUUAAUAAAGAAAACGAAAUGUAUGGCUUUGAAGAAAAUAUUGAUUAUGUUGAGACAGAAAGGCAUGUACUCCUGCAUGAUGCAAAUAGUGCCAUCAAAGAAGAUUUGGCUUCACAAAAAGAAAAAAUAAGAGAAAUUAUGGAAAUAGAAAAAAAACAAAGGAUUCAUUUGGAAAAGAGGCUUAGCGUUGAAAAAGAUAAAUGAGACAGCUUUGUAAUAGAAUGUGAGGAAAAGGAAAACCUUUACAUUACAGAAAUUUGUGAUUUGAGGCUAAAAUUAUCUGACUCAGAUACAAUAAUAACGAAACUUAAAAAUGAGCUUUUAAUAAAGGAUAAAGAAAUUUCCAAAAUGAAAAAUCAAAUUUCUCGAUCAAACUUAGAAGAACCAGCUCAGCAAAUCCAGCUAUUAAACGAGAAAUUAAAUCUUGUGACCGAUUUUUUAACUGAGUCAGAGCAAAAGAGAGAUGAAUUGCAAAAAGAGGUUUCUGAAUUGAGCAAACAAUUGGAAACUAUGCUUUCUUCCUCAAAAUUAGAAGACAGCCUAAGCAGUUCCCAAAACAUAAAUUCAAAGCAAGAAUUUUACAGAAGUAAAAGCUAUAGAACCUCACAGCUAUUGCUUGCCUUGAAGCAGGCUUCUUCAUGAUAACUUGGAGUCCUCACGAUUUACCUAAAAUUGACAAGUUAAUUCCAAGUUGCCGUUGAAGAAGCCUUAUUCAAGGCAAGCAAUAGCGGCGAAGGCGCCAUACUGUUCUGAAAAUGAAAAUUUAAAUAUGACUGAUGAUGGCUUCCGAAAUCUUCAGGUGCUUCAAGAGAAGCUUUUGCUUUAUGAAGAAGAAAAUAAAGAGCUUAAAGACAGUAUAAGCCAGCUGAAAUUCGCUCAUUCCAUAGAAGUCAAUGAGCUUCACGAAUCUUUGCAUUUUUUAAAAAAUGAUAAAAAGCACUUAGAUCUCAAUAUAAACGCGAAAUCAAAUACUAAAGAAGAUAUCAUAGAAUAUGAUGAUUUAGACAGAUUAUUAGACAACUACCACAAUUCUCAUGGAAUUGAGAACAAGUUCUUAAAAGUAACCCCAGGACUUUAUUUAUUUGACGGGGAAAAAUUCAACAUCAUGAUAAAAAAUGACUGCAUUAUUUGUAGGGUUGGCGGUGGAUAUAUGAUUUUAGACGAAUUUUUAAAAAAUUACUCAAAAAAUAAUGAUCGAGAGCCUACUUUUAGAAAGCGGCAAGUAAGCAUGGUAAAUACAAAUGAAUCUUCGGUAAGCCCGAUGAGAAAUUAUCAUAAGAGGGUGACAUCAAUUAAUCUCUCUGGAGAGUCAGUCUCAGAAAGACAAACUCCGACUAAAGAACAAGAAAACAAACCGACCCGCGAAACCAAAACCCCUGACCUUCUAAGCACAACUUCCAGCAAAAAAGAAGACAGCAAAAAAGACCUAAAUAAGAAACAGACCCCCCAAAGUCGCCAAGUUGUAAAACCUUCCCGCGUUUAUCCUAUGAAAGAAAAGAACUUCGCUCCUGUCAAGAAAAAGCUCCAAGCUGAUGAGAAAAAGAAAAGCGUUAAAUGUACUUAA